AUGCAGGGAUUGUGGUCAACGCAUAGGCGUGCUAAGAUUAAUAUCAACUCAUCGGCACCCACCCCUGCUUCUAACACGCCUUCAGUCGAAGACGUCUCCUUGCCUGUACAACCUGUUGAAAACACCGAGACAUCCUCGUCUGCGGCAACCCCACAGCUCGUCGAGAGCGAAAUAAGUCCUCCUGCGACGGAAGUACGGUCUACUGUUUCUGUCAGUGGAAAGCGUAGAGGCCGUGUCUCUCGGCCGGCUGGCGAGGAGAGCAAUAAACGGAUGAAGCUGUCAAGUCAGUCCGGCAGUACUGCGAAGGACUACAGCCCUCCGUCAACGCGGCUUUCGGAUCUGGGCGGCGUGGAUGCAUGUAUAGAGAAGAUGCUGGAGCUGGUCGCAAUGCCGCUAUGUCACCCGGAGAUCUACAUUCAUACCGGCGUCCAACCACCAAGAGGUGUAUUGCUUCACGGUCCUCCAGGUUGUGGGAAGACAUUGCUCGCACAUGCUAUUGCUGGGGAGCUAGGGGUGCCAUUCAUCAGCAUAUCUGCACCGUCCGUCGUAUCCGGCAUGUCCGGCGAAUCAGAAAAGACACUUCGAGAUACCUUCGAGGAGGCGAAGCGGGUUGCUCCCUGUCUACUAUUCAUUGAUGAGAUUGAUGCCAUCACGCCUAAACGUGAAAGUGCUCAACGAGAGAUGGAGCGACGGAUUGUCGCACAAUUCCUCACUUGCAUGGAUGAUAUGUCGUGGGAGAAAACCGACAAUAAAGCUGUAGUUGUAAUCGGAGCGACAAAUCGUCCGGACUCCCUCGACGCUGCCUUGCGUCGAGCGGGCCGCUUCGACCAUGAGAUCAGCAUGGGUGUGCCCGAUGAUGAAGCUCGUGCACAGAUUCUCCGUGUUCUGUGUUCCAAGCUGCGUCUAGAGGGUGACUUCGACUACACCGCUCUUGCGAAGGCCACGCCCGGUUACGUUGGAGCUGACCUCACAGCACUGACUGGUGCAGCCGGUAUCAUCGCUGUCAAGCGGAUAUUCAAGCAGAUCUCAGACGGUACUCUGACUCUUUCAGAUGGCAUUGAGCAGCUCACGCCCAAUCCGGACGGUGAUGUCUUGAUGCAGAUCGAUAUUCCCCAGCCUACGUCCGACGCGCAGCCCGCACCACCUAUCCCGGUUAAGCCAGUCCCCUUCUCCACCUUCGAUGCUUCGGCACAUACCACCGCAAGUUCCAUCGUGCACUUCCUUCGCGCACACCCGGACCCACUCACCGAGGCGCAGCUCGUCCCGCUCUGCAUCACUUUCGCCGACUUCAUGCUCGCGCUGAAGCAUGUGCAGCCGUCGUCGAAACGCGAGGGCUUUGCGACCGUGCCGGAUGUGACGUGGACGGACAUUGGCGCGCUGCACGCGACAAGAGAGGAGUUGCAUAUGGCGAUUGUGCAACCGAUUCGCAGGCCGGAGCUGUUCAGAGCGGUCGGUAUCCAGGCGGCAUGCGGCGUGCUGUUGUGGGGCCCGCCGGGAUGUGGUAAGACGUUGUUGGCGAAGGCAGUGGCGAAUGAGUCGAGGGCGAACUUCAUCAGCGUGAAGGGUCCGGAGCUGCUGAACAAGUAUGUCGGCGAAAGCGAGAGAGCGGUGAGACAGGUCUUCUCUCGAGCUCGCGCAUCGGCACCCUGUGUGAUCUUCUUUGACGAGCUGGACGCGCUCGUGCCGCGUCGAGAUGACAGUCUGUCCGAGUCCUCCGCACGAGUGGUCAAUACUCUUCUCACAGAGCUAGACGGCCUCGAUGCGCGCAAGAGCGUCUACGUCAUCGCCGCCACGAACCGGCCAGACAUGAUCGACCCCGCGAUGUGCCGUCCAGGGCGUCUUGACAAGCUGCUGUAUGUCGACCUGCCCUUACCUGACGAGCGUUCGGAGAUCGUACGCACUAUGACGCGCAAGGUGCCUUUGGGCGGGGACGAUGCCAAACUGGCAGUCGAGAUGCUGGUGCGGGAGCGGUGCGAGGGAUACAGCGGUGCAGAUCUCGCGGCUCUCGUCAGGGAGGCGGGCGUGAUGGCGCUCAAGCGCACUCUGGGUGCGUUGGAUGCAAUGGAGGAGAGCACAGCGGGCGCAGGAGCUCAGCCGGAGACGCGGGUGCAUGUGGAGGUUGCCGACUUCCGCACUGCGUUGGAGAAGGUGCAGCCGAGCGUGUCUGCUGCGCAGCGGCGCAAGUACCAGGCAUUGCGGUCGAAACUCUCUGGGCUUCCCGUACGAGCGAGUAAGGAGGAGAAGAUUGACGAAGAAAAGUAG